AUGGCUGAAAGAUAUGCAGGAAUGGCGUGUGUCACGGCUUCUAUGGAUGAUAUCCAGUUUGAAGAGACUGUAAGGGUUGGGCAGGUUAUCAAUAUCAAAGCCAGAGUGAACAGGGCUUUCAACACAAGUAUGGAGGUAGGAAUCUAUGUAACAGUACAGGAGGUGCUCAGUGGGGUGACAAAGAGGGUUUGCGUGGACUUCUCCACGUUUGUCGCCAAACCAACAGGAACACACAAGGUGUCUCUGAAACCCUUGGACGUUCAGGGCUCCGUAGAGGAAAUGCUGGAAUAUUCACUAGCUUCAGAGAGACGACGACUACGUCUCUACAAUGAAGAGGCCUUCAAGAACCUCAUGAAGGACUAUUACUACCUUCAAAACAAGGCACUGUGUAGCAGGAAGCCCGUCGCACCCGUGGUGUUGACCGAGCUCAUGCGGGUCGUGAGCAUCGAGCUGGUGCUGCCGCCACACGCCAAUCACCAUGGAAACACAUUUGGAGGACAGAUCAUGGCCUGGAUGGAGAACGUGGCUACAGUAGCAGCCAGUCGUUUGUGUGGCUACUAUCCUUCUCUUGGAGCUGUGGACAUGUUUCGAUUCCGAGGUCCGUCCAGUGUCGGUGUCAAUAAUACCUUUCAGACCAGUGUGGAGGUUGGUGUUCGGGUGGAGGCGUAUAACUGUGAGGAGUGGAAUGAGGGGACACCAAGACACAUCAACAGUGCCUCCAUGAUUUAUUACAUCCCAGGACGUGACGGUGAGAAACAGACGUUUCCUGAUGUCACCUACACAACGCUUGAUGGAGAAAGACGAUUUAUUGGUGCUAUUGUUAGGAAGAGAAUUCACAUGGCCAGAAAACACAUUCUGUACUCAAGAGAUGAGGGACCAAUUUCCGUGCCUUGGGACAGAAGUAAUCAGCACACUGUCCCACUCACCUGCCAGACAGCCGGUGGUGUCCAUCCACUUCAGCAGCUGUCCUGCACCCAGCUCUCCCUAGUGGUUUGCAUGGUAGGGCAGGAUGGACUGGCACAUCUGCACCUCCACCGGGCCCGACGCUUUCUUCCAUCCCUUCUCGCAGGAUCCGUCCGUAUCUAA